AUGUCGGACCUGAGCUCGGAGGGGAUUGAGGAGGCUGAGACCGAUAUAGGGGAGUAUGAUGGUGAACGCAAUGCGGAAGGUGAGCGACACGGACGUGGCAAAGCACGCCUACCAAAUGGUGAUACAUAUGAUGGAGAGUAUGAAAAUGGUUUCAGAAGUGGACAGGGGAUCUACAGAUUUAAAAAUGGUGCUUACUACACUGGAGAGUAUCUUCAGAACAAAAAGCAUGGCAAGGGUAUUUUCUUUUAUCCAGAUGGAUCAAAAUAUGAAGGAGACUGGGUGGAUGACCAGAGACAUGGCUAUGGAGUGUAUACAUAUGCAAAUGGAGACACCUAUACUGGAGAAUGGUUUAACCACAAUAGGCAUGGCCAAGGUACAUAUGUCUAUAAAGACACAGGAUCUAAGUAUGUCGGUGGCUGGGCAAAUGGAAUCCAGGAAGGACAAGCAGAACUUAUCCAUCUAAACCACAGAUUUAAGGGCAGGUUUUUGAGAGGAAAUCCUGUAGGUCGUGGCAAAUACGUCUUUGAUAUUGGUUGUGAGCAGCAUGGUGAAUACAUACAAGCAAAGCAGGAUAAAGGAGAGGAAGAAGAAGAAGAAGAAGAAGAAGAAGAGGAUGAACCCUCAUUACUUGUUGAACCAAAAUGGAAGGCAUCAGAAAUUACCAAAUUAACAUUCUGGACCCCUCAUGGGGAAAAUCCACCUUCUCCCAGAGAAGCCUCCCUGUUUACUACAUAUGGAAUGCUAUAA